AUGCCAGCCAACACCUACCUUGAGCAACAAGCUAAUGUACAUGCCCUGUCUGGUUUAAAAAUCGAAAACACUACGGUGGAGAAAGCUCCUUUAGCAUCAAAUGACUCAGUAUCCACUUCAGAUAUGUUGAAACUCAAGAGAGUACAUGCGAAAGCUUGUGAGGAUUACCUAAACCCGUCGACCCUUACUUCUCGCUUGGCUAGCUUAAUAAGGGCCAAAAAAUUGAAUAACUACGGUCAGAUUCAACAAAAUGCUAAUUCCUCUUCGCCUGGAACAAUGACUACACUCGCUCCUGAAGUUUUUGCUGAGACCACGAUGGUGAGAGAGAAGGUUCUUGAGAGGGGAGAUGAGUUGGAGACAGAGAUCGCAGAGAAUCUGAAGUCCAUGAGCCUCUACAGCUGA